GAGACUGGGAGGAAAAGUUGUGCGCGCGAGCCUGCUGGAGCCGGCCUGCGCCAACCCUUGAGUCCUCGUGCGUCCGGGCCCUUACAGCCCCUGCUGCUGUCCAGCGUCCGGAGACAUGACUGAAGCCCGAAAGCGUAGGGAGCUGCUCCCGCUCAUCCACCAUCAUCUGGUGCAGGCAGGCUACGUGAGGGCGGCCCGGGAGGUGAAGCUGCAGAGCGGCCAGAAAACUUUCCCGGCACAAUCAGUGACCCUUCUGGACAUCUAUACCCACUGGCAGCAAACUUCAGGAGUUGCUAAGAAACGCAAGGCAGAAGAAGCAGAUGGAGAGUUUCCCUAUAAGGUCAGAGUGUCUGAUCCUACAAGCAGCUCUGAGAGCUCAGAGGAGGAGACGGAACAAGAGAGAGUGGAGAAAACAAUGAAAACCACCAAAGUGCUAUACUCCAACUCUGUAUCUGUGGUAAAGGACACCCAAUGCAAGAAUUCAUUGUCUGCACCUAAGGAAAAUGUCAAGACAAAGAAUAAGAAAGGAACCAGUAAGACUGUGGUGACCUCUGCAUCCCACCCUGACCCCCUUGAAGCACAGACCACCUUUGGAAAGCCAGGCCCAACUGUGUCAGUGAAAUCCCAUUCCAAAAAAUCCCCAGCAGCCCUCAGAAAACAGGCAGCACAGCCUCCGAGCAAUAGCUUGACUGCACACAGUGAGGAAAAGGUCGCUUCCCCUGUUGUUAAGCCGGUUCCCAAACCUGCCCCGAUGCCUCCAGACAAGAAGACAAAGAGCAGCAGUGAGGACUCCUCAAGUGACGAGACAGAUAUUGAGAUGGAGAAAGCAAUGGGAACACCCCAGGGCAGCUCUGCCUCCGUGAGAGGUAAUUCUGCUGCCUUGGUUCCCACCAAGGGGUCCCAGGUGAAAGUGGUCACCCCAUCUUCUGGGAGAUUAGUGACAAAGCCUCUGACAGCCAAGGAGAAGAAUCCAGAAGAGACUUCUGAGAGCAGUGACGAGUCUGAGAGUGAUGAGGAUGCCCCAUGGCCCCAGCAACAGACACAAGAAGUGAAAAUGCCUUCUCUCGGUAAAGUACCAGGGAGGGUAGGCAAAACCACUCCAACCACAGAGAAAACCAUCACUCCAUCCUCCAAGCUGAAUUUGGGGCUUCCCUCUAAGGCAGCUGAGACCCGGAAGCCAGAGGAGAGUUCAGAGAGCAGUGACGAGUCAGAAAGUGAAGAGGAGGCUGCAACACUUCAGAGACAACAAGUUAAAACUGCCCCAGCCUCUGGUACCAAAGUAUCCCCAGGGAAAGGGAAAGGGGCCCUUCCUGUUCCUGGUAAUUCAGUGACUUCAAACCUUCAGACCAAGGCGGCAAAACCUGGAAGUCCGGAGACUAGUUCUGAGAGCAGCGAGGAGUCAGAGAGUGAUGAAGAAGCUUCAGUGUCACAGGGACAGGAAAAAUCAUCACUGAAGACUCCUCCGGCUAGCGCCAUAGCAGCAAAUAGAAGCCCUGCCCAUUCAAGCCUCACUAAGGUGCCCCUGGGAAAAGGGACCCUCCAGGCCCAGAAGGGACCCUCAGCCAAGUCAUCUGAAUCCAGUUUUCUGGAGACCAGUUCUGAUAGCAGUGAGGAUUCAGAAAGCAAAGACGAUAUUGUAGAGCCUCAGAGACAGGAAAACUCAUCAGGAAAGGCUCCCCAAGCCAAUGCUACUCCAGUAAAAGGGACCAUUCUUGCUCCUGGAAAAGCAGUGACUUCAGCCCCCCAGGCCAGGACAAGGCCUUUAGCCCCCCAGGCUAGGACAGGGCUUCCAACCAUGACAUCAGAACCUGGAAGUUCAGAGAGUAGCUCUGAGAGCAGUGAGGAGUCAGAGAGUGAAGAGGAGAUAAAAGCACCUCAGGAAAAGGAAAAAUCACUAAUGAAAGCUCCCCAGGUUAAUGCCAUUACAAAAAAAGUUGCUCCUGCACCCACCCAAGGGCCCCUGAGGAAAGAAGCCCUUUCUGCCCCUGUGAAAUCAGGGACUCUGGCUUCUGGGGUCAAGGCACCAUCAACUGCUGAGGCCUCUGGGUCAGACAACUCUGAGAGCAGCGAAGAGUCAGAUAGUGAAGAGGAAACCCCCCCCAUACUCCAGACUCAGGUGAAGCCUCCAGGGAAAAUUGUCAAAGCCACCCCUGCCCCACCCCCCAAGAGCCCUCUAGAGAAGGGGGCUCUUCACACUCCUGGGAAAACAGUGACUUCAGCUCCCAGUGCUAAGGUGACAUCUCCAGCCAAAGGAGUCAGGCCUGGGGGGUCAGAGGAGAGCUCUGAAAGCAGUGAGGAGUCUGAAAGUGAAGUGGAAACGCCUCCAUCCCAGGGGCAGGUGAGAAGUCUGAAAGGGAAGGAAACAGCCGAGUUGGAGGCAGUAUCAUCAGUAAAAACUCCUCAGGUCAAAACCUCCCCAUCCACUACUGCCAAGAGGCCCUUGGGGAAGGGAGCUCUUCCCACUUCAGGGAAGUUAGUGACUACAGCUUCCACUGCCAAGGGGACGUCGGUGACCAAGGCAGUGGGACCUAGGAAGCCAGAGGAAAGUUCUGAGAGCUCUGAGGAAACAGACAGUGAGGAUGAGGUACCUGUGACCCAAGGACAGACAAAGCCAGUGGGGAAAGCUUCCCAAGUCAAUACUUCCCAACAAAAAUCAGCCCCUGUCACUCCUGUGUCCUCUAAGGGCACCCAAGGAAGAGUGUCUACUCCAGCUCCCUGGAAGGCAGGGACCGUGGCCCUACAGGCCAAAGCAGCAAGACAUGGGAAGCCCAAGGACACUUCUGAAAGCAGUGAGGAGUCAGAGAGUGAGGAGGAGAGCCCAGCAUCCCAAAGACAGGGAAAGCCAGCCAAGCAAACUCCCCAAGCCGACACCCCCUCAGGGAAAGGGACCUCCAUCUCCCCAGUCUCCACCAAGGGCUCCCAGGGGAAAGCAUCAGCUCCAUCUCCCUUGAAAUCAGGGACUGUACCUCUCCAGGCCAAAGGAGAGGUCCAAGUCAAGACAGCCUGGCUUGGGAGACCAGAAGAGACUUCAAAGAGCAGUGAGGAUCCCGAGUGGGAAGGUAGCAUCCCAGUCUCUCAGGGCCAGGUAAAACCUGCAGUCAAAAUAUCUCCAGGUUUGGAGGGAGAGAAAGGGACCACCACAUCAUCUCCCAAGAAGUCAGCAGUUGCUUCCCUUCAGACCACGAAGGUGGUUGAUUCCAGCAGCUCAGAAGAGAGCUCCAGCAGCAGUGAUGACGUGGUGAUCCCUGCAUCCCCAAAACAGGUGAAACCAUCUGUCCAAACCCCACUGGGCAAAGCUGCUGAGAAGCCAGUGGCCCUCCUCACCACAGUAGAGGAGACAUCAUCAGACAGCAGCGAGGGCACAGAGAGUGAAGAAGAGGAAGUCCCAGCUCCUCAGGGGCAGGUAAAAACUACAGUGAAAAGUACACGAGUCAAUACAGCCUCAGGAAAAUGUCUGUCUUCAUCCCAGACCACAAUAACAGGGCCUGUAAGGCCAGAAAAAAAUUCUGAUAGCAGCGAAGAAUCCAAAAGUGAAGAUGAGGUGGUCCUAGUGUUUCCGGGGCAGAUAAAACCUACAGUGAAAACUCCUGAAGUCACUGCAGCCUCAUCAAGCAAGCAAGAGCCCACACCAGCCUCUAGAAAGUCUGAGACUCCAUCCCCCCAAACCCAGGUGAGACCUCAGACCAAGGUCACUGGGACUGCAGCAUCAGAGGAGAGUUCUGACAGCAGUGAUGAGUCUGAGAGUGAAGUGGUGAUCUCUGUGCCCCAGAAGCAGGUUUCCUCAGGGACGAAGGAUGACAAAGCUGGAACUGCCAAGAACAACAUGGGGAAAAUGUCUAGGUCAUCUCCAGACAAGCAGGUGGGAUUACCUGAAAUUAGCCAGAAAUCUGAGAGGAGUAAUGGAGAGCCACCAACUGCCCAGGUGAUUAAAACCCCUCUGAUUUUUGUCGACCCCAGUCGUAGUCCAGCUGGCAAGGCUGUCGUCCCCAUGAAAGCCAGGACAGCCUCAAGGAAGAGACAAGUAUCAGAGAGCAGGGAGCAAAGCUCAUCUGAGAGUGAGGACAAUGAUGUGAUCCCUGACACCCAGCACCCAACUCUUCCCACAGCCCCCAUCUGCCAAAAGGCAAACUGUCCACCCAGCACCAGCCAUCCUGAAGAUAGUAUGGAAGAGUCCACUAGUGAGUCUGCCUCCGAGGAUCAGGGAACAGGAACCUCCCAGACCACUUGUGUCAAGAGCAAAACAGCUAAGCAGGACAAGAAAUCUAAGCUUUCUGGGGGGACUGAAGCCACAGCUGCCCAGGACAGCUUUUCUGUGAGCACUAGCAAUGGUACAAGGAAUGAGAAAGAAGACCCAGUUGCAGUCAGAGUAAAUCAGACACAAAAUCUAGGUCUUUCCCCUGCCAAGGGCAAAGUUGCUGUGAAGACAGAGAGCCCAGAGGAUUCUAGUGAAGAGGAAAUGAUAGAACCUUCCCAGUCUAUCCUUUCAGCCUAUGCAUUUCCCAGUUCAUCUCUCCCUAUAUCCAUCAACCCUCAGCUACAGAAGGCAUCUCCCAAGCAAAGACUUGCAGCAAUUGCCUCUGCAGGCUCAGCUCUGCCAGCGUCUUUCAAAGAAAAUCCUCAGGGGGACAGCAGUGAUUCUGAGGCAGAGUGCAAGACAGAAUCAGUAGAGCAGCCUCUCAAAACUGGGAAAGAAUUGAAGACCCCAGUCUCCAGGCGUCAGACAAUUAGAAAGGGGUUCAAGCCAGGCGCAGUCAAUUGUAAACCUACCUCACCCAAACAAGGGAUCACCUGUCUGAGUCCCAUAAAGACUAUGGCUCCUUCUAACCUCCCUCUAAUUCAGCUCCAGAUCUUAAGUGCUAAUGAGAACUCAGAGCUUAACAAUGCAUCUUUCAAUUCUAAAGCCUCUGGAAUGAAAAUUCUCAGUGACCUGCCUCAGCUAGAGAAGAAAAGAAAAGGUGAAUCCCCAAAGUCAGGCAAGGGAAGCAAGAAGUCAAAAUCAAAACGAAAACUGACAGAGGAGGGCCCUAAAGCCCCCAAGAGCAAGAAGAAGAAGCUGAUGAGUGAAGUCCCUAAGGAAGGGGAGGCUUGCCCUCCCAAGGUGGGCAAAAAAGAGAAAGCAAGUGGUGAUGCUAAAGAAAAGAAGCUAAAGGAGGUUCUUAGCUCCAAGAAGAACAAAGACAAGCUUGAAGAAAACAGUACGAUCACAGUUGGAGAAAGUGGAGAAACACUAGGAACCAAGACCAAAAAAGAGAAGAAGCAAAAAAAGAAAUCUGACAAGAAGAAAAAGGAUAAGAAGAAGAAAAAAAAGAAGUCCAUAUCCAAAGAUGCUGACCCUGCCUCAGCAUCCCUCAAGAAAGAGAAGAAAAGGCAAAAGAAAGUUAAACAAGUAAACUGAGGGGCAUUAAUCAGCAGGAUUUCUCUAGCCAAGUUUUGAAUGUCUAUGCCAACCUCCCACCC